CAGAGAUCUGUCUGUGCGACACAAGAGUAGAUGUGUGCUCCUAAUCUAGUUUAUCACUGAACUGCGAGAGAGAUUCGAGAAAACACGACUCACACCACAACCUCAGUCAACGCGAGGCUUUCCAAGUGUGGGAUAAAAUGCCGGCGAUUAUAGGUAAAAAUUCCGAUAUGGAGUUCGACUCUCUACAACCCUGCUUCUACCCGGGUGAGGAUGACUUCUAUUUCUGCGGUCCCGACUCUGCGCCACCCGGAGAGGACAUCUGGAAGAAAUUCGAGUUGCUGCCCACGCCGCCCCUCUCCCCGAGCCGAGCGGCGCUACCGGGGGAGCUGGCCUUCGCGUCCGGGGGGGACAGGGGCGACUCGGCGGCAGGUCCAAUGGGUUUUGGAUUAGGCGACCCGCUGGGCUGCGACUGGGCUUCAGAGCUCCUGUUUCUGCCCGAAGACGAUAUUUGGGGCGCGUCGGACGGAGACCUGUUCGGCGGCUGCUCCGUUUUGGAUAGUAACCCCAACUCCAUUAUCAUUCAGGACUGUAUGUGGAGCGGCUUCUCGGCCAGGGAAAAGCUCCAGAGGGUGGUCACAGAAAAGCUAGGCAAAGCCAUCUCCACCGCGGCUGCCUGUGGAGUUAGUAAAAAUGUCACUACCGCCGCCGCCAUCACAACCAAGGCGCCGGAGCUGAGUGUGGACCCCACCAUAGUCUUCCCUUUCCCCAUCAACAAAAGAAACGGUAGCAGCAGCAGCAGAUGUUCACCUGGGACGGCCCCCGCCACUUCUGCCCACUGUAGCGCAGAGGAAACUCCGAGCGACUCCGAAGAAGAUGAUGAAGAUGAUGACGAAGAUGAGGAGGAAGAUGAGGAGGAGGACGAUGACGACUCAGACGGCGAAGAGAUCGAUGUGGUCACUGUGGAGAAGCGGCGUGGCUUGUCGCCCAUGGCGACUGGCACGGUCACCAUCUCGGUGAGGUCGAAGACAGGCACCGCUUCUGGGGCCGUGGCCUCAUCUGGUGUCGUGAGCCGAUUCGUCAGCAACCGGGGGACUGCGGGGUCAAACUGUCAUGGGCAGGAGUUGAUCCUCAAGCGGAGCUCGGUCCACCAGCAGCAGCACAACUACGCUGCUCCCUCGCCGUACGCCUCCGACGACGACCACGCGCCCCCCUCCAAGAAACACAAGUCCUCUAACGCUCCUCGUCAAUACUCCCGUGCCCCCUCUUCAUCAUCAUCAUCAUCGCUAUCAUCCUCAACAUUCUGCGGCUCCCUGACUGUGCCAUCAUCAACAAUGGCGGGUUCUAGAUCCAAACGCCACGCCAGCGGUGCCAGUAGCCCACGCGGCGGCUCCUCCGGUAACUCCGACUCCGAAGACUCCGAACGGCGGCGAAACCACAACAUCCUUGAACGCCAGCGGCGCAACGACCUGCGCUCAAGUUUCCUCACGCUCCGCGAUCAUGUGCCCGAGCUGGCGAGGAACGAGAAGGCGGCCAAGGUGCUGAUCUUGAAGAAAGCGGCGGAGUAUGUGUCGUCGCUGGAGACGGACGAACUGCGGCUGACUCAGGAGAAGGACAGGCUGCAGGCGCGGAGGCAACAGCUAAUGAAGCGACUCGAGCAGGCCAGGACUUGCUAAGACUUUUUAGUGGCACAUGACGCAUACAUAUACAUAUACACACAGACAUAGACACACAGACAUAGACACACACACACGCACACACGCACGC